UUAUAAGGCCUCUUCACACUAACCCUGAGAAAAUUGCUUUUUCUUAACCUGACCCCACCCCUUCCUGGGCUGGACUAAUUACGCCCUCGGGUUGCCAAUAUCUAGAGGAUGCGCCAGGGGGCAGUGUGCACCGGGACGUAGUGCGUGUGGAGCGCAUGCGCAGCAGAGCGACUAGGCGUGUGUACCCAGUUCCUGGUGCUGCGGUGCUAUGAGCUCCUUACUGCUGCUGACCCUGCUGUCGCUCCUGUCCGGCCCGUGGAUCGAGCUAGGGAAUGGGCAGGUGACAAGCAUGGUUAAGCUGCCAGGUGGGAGAUUCCAGAUGGGAACAAAUUCACCAGAUGGCAGAGAUGGUGAAGGACCUGUCCGGGAGGUGACAGUAAAACCUUUUGCCAUCGACAUAUUUCCUGUCACCAACAAAGAUUUCAGGUAUAUCAGGGAGUUUGUCAGGGAGAAAAAGUACCGGACAGAGGCCGAGGCGUUUGGGUGGAGCUUUGUCUUUGAGGACUUUGUCUCCGAUGAGCUUAGAAACAAAGCGACUCAGCAAAUGAAGCCUGUUCUCUGGUGGCUUCCAGUGGAAAGGGCAUUCUGGAGGCAGCCUGCAGGUCCCGGCUCUGGCAUCCGAGAGAGACUGGAGCUCCCAGUGGUACACGUGAGCUGGAAUGAUGCGCGGGCCUACUGUGCAUGGCAGGGGAAACGGCUGCCCACUGAGGAAGAGUGGGAGUUUGCUGCCCGAGGGGGCUUAAAGGGUCAGGUUUAUCCCUGGGGAAACAAGUUCCAGCCAAACCGCACCAACCUGUGGCAGGUAAGACAUGCAUUCCUCACUCCUGUCCUUUCUCGGAGCAUUGAGGCCUGCUGUCGGCUAGGCACUGUGUUAGGUGUGGGAUUCAGAGGGCUUGUGUCCUUUCACCAUACCAAGGAGCAAACCAAGAUUAUGCGUGUCCUCCGGGGGACAUCCGGGAUCGACACAUCCGAUGGCUCUGCCAAUCACCGGGCCCGGGUCACCACCAGGAUGGGCAACACUCCAGAUUCAGCGUCUGACAACCUAGGCUUCCGCUGUGCUUCCAAUAUAGGCCGACUGCCCGGGGAGCUGUGAGCAGCCACGCACAGCCACGAAGAGUGCCCCGUGGUACCCAUGCCACUCACUGGCCACAUUUCAAACAGCCAAGCUCUUCAACUUCCAUCUUCUCCUCCUCUACCCCUUCUGACGGGCACCUCUCACCUGGUGGCAGGUGGGCGGGAGAGGCCUCUCACCUCAGAGGAGGCCAUGUCUCUUGGUGAAGGGCCCCAACUUGCUGAUUGUGGCCAGGAGCUGGGUGUUUUUAUUAGAGGUCAAAUAUCAACUAUACAGGGGCCAAGUACUCAAACAAUUGGGGCAGCGUCCUCUUAAAGGCAGUGUGUUAAAAUCCUUUUAAGUCUGUUCCCUCCCCCUUUCUCGGUGUCUGAUUCAGGGACCUGACAUUGUUUCUUAGGGCAGAAUUUCCCCAGUUCUCUGUUUUCCCAGCAAAUUGCUGUGGAAA